AUGAGUCCUCCGACUUUGGAUCAAUUCUUGGGUGAGAUUGCAGGAAUCAUCAAGGAAAAGAACGGCACGCAGCUACAAGAGUAUCUGAUCUACGAGCCUCCUCUUCCUCCUCUAUACAACAAGAUCGUCUCGGAAAUCAAGCAAUUUUACCCUACCAAUAGUCAAAAAGCACUCGAGAAUAAAUGCAUCUCGUUCAUCCCGGAGUACGACGAAGGUGACGAUGGUGGCUCACGGACAUCUUUUAUCAUGUUCAUGGUCAAGUACUUCACUUUUCUAAGAGACGUCAAUGUAGAUAAUCUCAUCGAGACGCACGACUUGCUCAAAGCUUUACUGAACCAGUCUAUCCUCGCAUUGAGCUCCUCGAUAGGUGUUACAGUUUUGCCCACUGUCGUCUCACUGUCACGCACUCUCGCUAGACUCGCGAUUGGUCUUGAUAAAAGACCCGAGUUGAUCGAACACUUGAUCAAACGAGAGUCUGUCGUUGAAAACGAAGCUACUGAGAGGGUAACCCUGGUGGAAAGCUCUGCCAAUGUGAUAAGGGAGGCUUUUAAGAAGUGCCUAAGCGAACGGAGUGGUCCUCCGUCUGGCGUUGACAGCAACGGGAAGCCGGAAGGAAGACGAGUUGGGAUCUACUUAAUGGCAAAUCUUUGCCUGAAGCUUUUCUUUCACUGCCGAAAACUUCGAAGCGCGGAACAGAUUUUUGGCAACAUCUACCAGCAAUCACCCCCAUUAGGUCUUUUCCCCGCUGCUCAACGAGUCACCUUCCUUUAUUACCUAGGACGUUAUCUCUUCGCUAACAAUCACUUCUACCGGGCUCAACUCGCUCUUCAAACGGCUUACGAUCAGUGCCAUGCUCAAUGCAUUAGUCAGCGCCGUCUCAUCUUUAUCUAUCUCACCACCUCAAAUAUCAUACUCGGCCGGUUUCCAUCUUCUCGACUGCUCCAGCGGCCCGAAGCAGCAGGCCUUGCCGAAAAAUUCCAGCCAAUAUGCGCGGCCAUUGCCAAAGGCGACCUUGCCUCUUUCCGCAAAUACAUGGACCUGGACGCCCAACAUGCUGAAUGGUUCCUUCAAAAACGCAUACUUUUGCAGCUUUCGAAUCGUUGCGAAGUACUUGUCUGGCGAUCCCUAGCACGCCGAACAUUUACACUUUCCGGGUCUCAAGGCGCUGUCACCUCCCAAGGCGAUGUUACAAGAAAAGCAGCGCCUACGCUUUCGCUUCAGGAUAUGCUUACGCUAGCUACACUCCUCGAAAAGAGGGUACUCGGUUAUGCUGAAGAUACUCCAAAAUCUAACGGGCUUACGAACGGCCAUACUGGCACCCAACGCACUCACACCAAUGCGAUAUUCGUUUUCCCAAAGGCCCAAACACCACCUCCUCAGGAGGCAGACGCAGAACCGCCUUACAGUUAUGUCGAUCCCGAUCUGGCUGAUGUCGUCGACCCCGAACCUCCGCUACUACCAAAUAUGGAAAUCAUCGAAUCCAUCGUAGCCUCACUGAUCGAGCAAGGCCUUUUACAUGGCUUCAUCAGCCAUGCACAGCAUCGGUUCGCAAUAACGGGCGUGAAAGACGCACGUCCUGUCCAGGUGGGGUUUCCACGUGUUUGGGAUGUGAUUAAAGCGAGGGCAAACAAAGAAGUGCCUGGAUGGGUAAAGGAGAGAAAAGCGCCUGCUUUUGGACCAGGAAUGGUGGUCAACUUGAGUGGAGCGAGACCAGCUGGUGCAGCGCCAGGAUAG